UUCUUCUUCACCCUACCAUAGCUUUCCUUCCCCUGCGAAUGUAAAGAUAAUGCAGUCUCUUUUACUAUAUGCUGUGAAGUGUGAAUUAUUCUUCCGCUGCUAAGAGAAGAUCUCGUAAAUUGGCGACAACCUCUGUUUAGAAACUUUGGAUUUGCAUGACUAUUAUGGCUGAUUUUCUUUGGUACCGAAUUUCAUUAGACGACGAAAAUUGAAUUAGCGGUUAGCAGGUCAUGAUCUUCAAAAUUGUUUUGGAUUCAUCUACGAAAGAACUAUUUCAUGGGGAGAAAUGCAAAAAUCAUUAACUGCAGACUCAAGCUGACAGAUAGGUAAACCAAGUUCUCGCAGUUAAUUAAGUUGCAGCUUUUGUGCUCGACAAUGGGAAACAGCGAUGAAGGGAAGUCGUCUAAAUCUGACAAACCAUCUUCACCAUCAACUCCAGAUCAGAGCGCCACUCAUGUCUAUCCCGAUUGGGGAGCUAUGCAGGCAUAUUAUGGUCCUCGAGCCGCUAUGCCACCAUAUUAUAAUUCGGCUGUGGCAUCUGGUCAUGCUCCUCCCCCUUAUAUGUGGGGGCCAACACAUCCAAUUGUGCCAUCUUAUGGGGCACCUUAUGCAACAAUCUAUCCUCAUGGGGGAGUUUAUUUGCAUCCUGCAGUUCCCAUGGGAUCGCAUGGUCAUGGUGUUCCAUCAUCAUCUGAAGCCCCUGUGGAAACACCUACAAAGCCCUCAGGAAAUACAAACCAAGGUUUAUUGAAGAAGCUGAAAGGAUUUGGUGGCCUUACAAUGUCGGUAGGCAACAGUUCUGCUGAGAAUGCUAAAAGCGGGGCUGAACCCCAACUGUCCCGGAGUGUGAAGACUGAAGGUUCCAUUAAUGAUAGUGAUGGGAUUACAACUGGGGCAGAUCAAACAAGACGGAAAAGAAGCAGAGAGGGAGCACCGACCAUUGGUGAAGGGAAUAAUGAAGCAAGGUCUAAAUCGGUUGCUACGCGGGAGGUGACUGCAACUGUUUCUCCUACACCAGUUGGACCUGUACUUUCUUCUGACAUGACCACAGUUUUGGAGCUUAGGAACCCUCACACCCUGAGUGCUAAGUCCAGUCCUAUGAGUGUACCAGGUGUAAUGUCAUCUGAAGUUUGGUUGCAGAACGAACAGGAGCUGAAGCGAGAGAGAAGGAAACAAUCUAAUAGAGAAUCUGCUAGAAGAUCAAGGUUGAGGAAGCAGGCCGAGGCAGAAGAGCUUACUCGUAAAGUUGAAUCCUUGACUGCAGAGAAUGCAUCACUUAGGUCCGAAAUAAAUCUACUAACCGAAAAAUCCGAGAAACUAAGGCGAGACAAUGCUACAUUAGUGAAGGGAUUGAAAGAGGAGAAUAUUAUGAAUAAGAAACAAGACAAAGAUGGUGAAAUGUACGAGAAGAAGUUGAACUCAGGCGCCAAGUUACAUCAACUCUUGGAUCCGGGUCCAAGAGCCAAUGCAGUGGCGGCUCGAUGAACAAGGAGAAGAGGUAAACGAAGUUAAUUUUUUUUCUUUACAUUAGAUGUGAUGAAACCACGUAGCUUUGGAAUGUAAUUUAUAACCCAAAACUACUGCUAACACUAAAUUUGAGGAAACCAUUUCUCGUGGCAGAACUGAUGUGUAUUAUUUUAUUUGAAAAUCAGAGUGCUGAGAAAGCUUAGAAAAGAAGUAAAUCUUGGAAACAGUCAAAUAUGUAAAUCUCUUGUGAUUGUGAAAAUUUUAAUGACUGUGUGAUGUGUGAAAUGAGAGA